AUGAUGAUAUUAACAAAUAAGUACGGCAUAUUUAUUGGCGGUAUAGCUGUUCCCAUGAGAGGAAUCGAUACAAUUGAGCGGAAUAAGUCGAGCGGCACUACAGCAAUCGAAAGACAUAAAAUAACCGCACUCUCGGCUCCGGCAUCUGUUUUCAUGUCAUUACUGAAAAGCGGCACUCAUUUUGAUAUCAGUUCACUAAAGAAAGUGAUUUGUGGCGGCGCUCCACUACCCAGAGGGUGUACCCAACAAAUUGUUGCCAAAUACCCUCAUUUUGAAGACUUUAGACAAGCGUAUGGGCAUUUACUUCCAGCCAAUUGUAUGGGAGAGAUAUGUGUGACCGGACCCACACUUUUCAAAGGUUAUCACAAUAAUAUUGAGGCGACGAAUGAGACCAUAGACUGCGAUAAUUUUUUACAUACCGGAGAUCUGGGAUAUUAUGACCAAAACGAUAACCUCUUUAUUGUGGACAGAAUUAAAUUAUUGCUCAAAACGGAUGGAAUGCAAGUCUCGCCCACAGAAUUAGAAACCAUUUUUCUGACUCAUAUCGCUGUACAAGAAGUGACAGUAAUCGGUAAACCCGAUGAAAUAUCCGCACGAAUUACACCACUUAAGAGGAUUAGAGGAGGAAUUCAUUUAAUCGACAUUUCUUGCAAAGAAGCAGAAAUAUACAAAAGGCAUGGAUUGGAUGCCAUUUGUGUGGAGAAUAUGUUUGACAUCCCUUAUGUCACGCGAAGGGAUUCUGGACCUGAAGUGACAGCAAUGAUGACAAGAAUUUGCUCUGAAGUAAAGAAAUGUGUGCCAAAUAUGGCGGUCGGAGUGCAAGUGUUGGCCGGACUCAAUCACGAAGCACUGGCC